UCUAAAAAAAGACAAAAUUUAAAAUCGAUUUCUAAGUUCAACAAUUAUUUUUUUUAAACUUCUUUUUUGGUGAGUUUUAUCAAGAUGUUUAUCGAGAUAAUUGUUAUGUACGUAGCCGUAAAGAACAACAACUCUACUAUCAGGUAAGAAUCUAUAAGGGGCUUGACAGGUAUCAAUAAUACAUUUAUUUUUUAGUUUUACGUUGCAAGGGAGGGAGGUUUAUCAAUGAAAAAAAAUGAAAACUGCCUUUUGGUAUUAAUAUUUGUUCUUAAAGCUAAGAUGACAGAAUAUAUUCUUUUUAGUAUGAAUUUGCUUGGCAUUACUCUCACAGAGGUUUCUGUGUAUUUAUUUACUUCAUAGUUAACUUUGUUCGCACUUGGAUAAUAAAGUGAAUUAUCGCUCAGUGUCUAACACCGCAUAUAAACUGUGUUGGUUUGAGCGAAAUUUCAUUAUGUUUGAAUGGUAUAUAUGUAAUAUUUAGAUUGUCAUUUUUGGGGUGGUUGGGCUUCGGUUAAAGAAAAUCCUUGUGGUAAUUUUGUCACUUGGUCGUUGGCACCGGUGUCGGUAUAGGUUAAGAUUUUGUUUAGGUUAUUUUUUUUCUCAGAAACAUAAGUGUUAUAGCUUCGUUUGCUAUUAAGAUUAAUGAAUAGAUCAAGAAUCAUAACAUUGUACUGCAUUUUGUCUAUAUUGUUUUCUUUUUCAUUUUGAAAAUCGCUUAUAUUCCCUCAGGUGUUCAUUUCCUGAAGCUUUGGUACUUUUUACAGACAGCUUGUGUGUAAGAAGGCCAAAAACCAGUAUGAUAGCUCUUUUCUUGCAUAUUGCCAUACUUCAAACGCUUAUAGACGAACGUUCACAUCCAGAGGCGGUGCUCUUGUUUUGGUCUCAAGUAACAAGACAUCUGGAGGGAGGCUGGUCUUAUAUGAUACUGUUUGCCAGUUUUGGGACAUGCUGCCUAAUUGGAGCUAAUAAUUACGGAACAGGAAUUAUCCACAAAAUACUUCUAGAAAGAUACAAUGAAAGUGUUGUUCUAACCUCCUUGUCAGGAUCAUUACAGUUAGCUUUGGGGUGUAUGUCAGCUCCAUUAUCAAGCGCAGUGAUAGACAAGUAUAGCUGUCGGACAUCUGUGAUUUUAUCUGGUAUCCUAUAUAUAUGUGGAUACUGGGCAACCGCGUUUGCACCAAACAUGCAAGUCGCAGUAUUGACAUGUGGAGUAACGGCAGGAAUUGCAGCAGGGUUGGGUUAUACUUCUUGUAUAGUUGCUGUAGGAUUCAACUUCAGAAGGAGAAAGAACAUUGCGUUAGGAAUCACCCUGUCCGGAAUGGGCGCAGGAAUCUUUGCGUUUGCUCCUCUCAUGGAUCUGGCACAUGCGCACUAUGGAUCAACUGGAUUUUUCAUUGUUAUGGCAGCAAUGUCAGCAAAUAUUAUAACGUUCGGAACUCUUUGUUUUCCGAGUAAACUUGAAAUAUACACACAUAAACAACGUGAAAUAUACUCUGAAUCACAAACUGAAGACAAUAAACUUACCGGAACAGUAAGAAUGUAUUCUAGGUCUGUUCUGAAGAAACCUAUAGUACUGCUGUCUUUAGCCACGUUUGCAUUUUGCGGUGGUACAGACUUGAUAUUUCUAAAUUUACCGGCUUUUGUUGUAUUUAAAGGAUUUACCUCAAUCGAAGCAGCAAUGAUGGUCUCACUAAAUGGAAUAUUGUCUGUUAUUGGGCGUUUAAUCACAGGACUUUUGGUAAAUUUUAAGAAAACAAAUGUGAUUUGGUUAUAUUCUGGUUGCUUAAGCGUAGUUGCCGUUACCACAGUCAUAUAUCCAUUUAUUGCGAACUUCUUUGAAGGCCACGUAAUUUUUAAUUUAAUAUUAGGACUCUUCUUUGGCAACGGUUAUUUGCUAGUGUCUCCUUUGUGUUCGUAUUUCGUUGACAUUGAAUUUGUAUCAGCGGCUAUUGGAUUUGUGUUAUUCUUUGGAGGGGCUGGCUCACUUUUCGGACCGAUGUUUGCAAGUAUUUUGCUUGACAACGGUGGCACGUACGACCAAUGCCUUUACACUGCAGCUUGUUUUGUCCUUGCGGCAUCUGUUCUGGGCCUAUUUACCUCGUGUUUCCAGCAAAACAAAAGAGUCAUUUCCAGUGACACUGAUAUUACAGCUCUCAGCUACAGUCCCAAAUAACUUUCAUCUUGAUAAUAUUGAUUAUUUUUAUUUCUUUAUUUUUUUACAUUUUUAUUUAUAUAUAUACAUGCAGUAUAAAACGUUUCUGACUACUAGAAACUACAAAAUGAAUUACAGAUAAAGCAUAACGUUUGCCAAGAUGUUUGCUCAGUAUAUUAUUUUUCAUUACGCUUACAUCAGCUACAGUCUGCUUCCACGGCCUUGCACUUAGACACUAGUGAUUAGAUCGAAUAAUAUAAAUGAGCUUAACAAGUGAUUAUGCCUUUGUGAUCAAUGUAGACUAAUUAACUCAUUAAUUCUAACUAUACAGAUCCUUCCGAGUAUGGUCUUUAAAGACCUUUUUUUUAAAUCAACAGCGCGCAGUAUGUUAAUUUACAGGAUGUUCAAUAAAUUGUCAACGUUACUUGUCUAUUAUAUGGCUAAAUGUUUUGUAAUUCCACAUAAUUGAAUUGUUAUAGCAGAGCUAGCAGCUAGAGAUCAAAACACUCGUGCUCUUUCAUUUUUAUUUCAUUCUGAAGUAAAUUCAUGUAUGUGUUCAAAUAUCAUUUAUACCGAAACAAGAGGGUCAUUUUUGCCCAGUACAAAUUAUACAUAUAUACCAAAUAACAGCAUCGAAAUAGCAGCAUCGAAAUUAAUUUUAUUGGGUUAGUGGACUUGCUAAGGCACGUGUGCGCUCAUUUGUACUGCUAGGCGCUUUUCCAUAAUUGGUCUGAUAUAUUGUGGUGGUGAUUUGGUUCGUAUAAAUUCUCUCUAUCAUAUAAUAAUUUAUAAUGCGAGCUUGUAUACUGGCGGAUCUCACAUAUGGUAAAGUCAACUCAUCUUAAUAUCCGUUAAUACAAGCUAUCCCUAUAUAUUCAGUGUAUCCUUGAGAUCCAGUUAACUUUCAGAGAGAGAGAGAGAGAG